GUAAUGUACUUGGCUUCUGUUACUGAUCUUUGUUGCAUAUUAUAUUAACAAAAAAGAGAUACAUAUGCUUCUUCCCCCAAAAGCCAAAAGUUUUCCUCACCUUUUUCCACAAAUGGAAUUCUUAAUAAGUUUUACUAAAUUAGACCUUUGACUCAAAAAUUCUCAACCCUUUGCUCUAUCCCUCUCUCUCUCUCUCUCUCUCCCUCUCUCUCAAAAUCUUGUGUUGUGUUGUUAUGGCACCAAAUUUAAAGCAUUUUCACAACCUUGGAUUCCAAGCUCUUCCACCCAUCAAAAUUCAACCAGAGCUUCCUCCUGCUUCUUCUUCUUCAGGAUCAGCUUUUCCCAUACUAGCCGUGGCUUUACUAAGUAUCAUGGGCACAGCUCUCUUGUUAGCAAGUUACUACAUCUUUGUGGUCAAGUGUUGCUCAAACUGGCACCAGUUCAAUCCCUUGAGAAGGUUCACUGUCUUAGCAGCAGCAGCAGCAGCAGCAGGGUCCAGACAAGACGACGAGUCGUUUAUAGCCUUCUCACCAACUACCACAUUGUGGAAUCGUGGCCUAGAUGAGUCUGUCAUUCGUGAAAUCCCAACUUUUCAAUUCAAAGAAGACUACACAAGUGUUUUUGGUUGUGUGGUUUGCUUGAAUGAGUUUCAAGUGCAUGAAACCCUGAGAGUUCUUCCUAACUGUAACCAUGCUUUUCAUUUGGACUGUAUAGACAUAUGGCUUCAAAAAAAUGCCAACUGCCCACUUUGCAGAACAAACAUUUCAGGUGCUGUUCGCUGUCCAGUUGAUCAAAUCAUAGCUCCAAGCUCUUCUCCUCGAGAGUUUCAGCUCUAUUCUGAUAAUAGCCUUAUGGGCAGUGAUGAAGAUUUUGUGGUGAUUGAGUUGGGUGGAGAAGAAGAACAACAACAAGAACAAGAAGCCAAUAGAGUUGUUUUUCCACAAAGACAACCCAGAGAAGCUUACCAUUCUCCAAGAAAGUUAGACCUGAAACUGAAAGUGAAGAAGUGUCACCAUGUUUCUAUAAUGGGAGAUGAGUGUAUUGAUAUGAGAAUGAGAGACCAUAACAAGGAUGAUGACCAGUUCUCUGUUCGGCCCAUAAGGAGAUCUUUCUCAUGGGAUUCAGCUACUGAUAGACAGCUCCAUUCAACUGUUGAAGAAAUCAAUAAGAAGAAUAGAAGGCCUCUUAGUGAGGUUAGUACUAGUGAAGAAUGUGAAACCAGAGUUAUUAGAAGAUCUUUCUUUCCAUUUCUACAUGGCAGAGGUUCUAGGAAUGCUAUUGUUCCAUUUGAGUUGUGAAUAGAAGUAAUCUUAGAAUUCAUAUUUUUAAUUAUUUUUCUUUUUCUGGUUUCAUUUGUUUUUCUUGUUUUUUUUUUUCUUCCAAAAAUCUGACUUGGGUUUUGUUUUUAGUUCUUAGUUUUGAGGAAAGAUGCCAAAACUGUUCAGUUGAUAUUUACAUAGAAAAAGAACUAAAUGAGUGUAGCUUUCUCUUGAGUUGAUAUUAUUCUAGACUUCUAAUGAGAAGAAAUAUAGAGGUUUUGCUUAAAAGAUAGGGCUUUGGUUUGAGAAUCAUGGGUUGAUUGAUAUACUUAUCUUCAUUGCGUUUUUCCACCUUCAUGAAUGAGCAUGAUGACUUUUACUAUUACUCUUCUUUUUCUUUUUAUUUGGCGUUUCAGUGAGAAUAAGAGGUAAUAUGAUGAGUGGCCACCACAAUGGACAUGAGGGACCCCAAACCAUUAAGUGAAAAGAAAUCCUUGGGAAUGAUCUCUCAAUUUUCUUUUACCUUGAUGCUUUGAAGCUGUGAAUGUAUGUAUUAGGACACAACAUCUUUACACGGUUUUGUGCUUAUCAAAAGUAGUCAAAUACUGUUUAUAUAUGCAUAUGAAUAAGAAAGAAAAAAGAAGAAAAACCAGCAUUGCUUGAGAUGUAAGGGAGAAAGAGAAAUCAUUAGAAAGGAAAAUGCAUGAGCAGAGCCAACAUCAUAAUUAAAACGUCAUUCAAUUCAAUGUGAGCAUCAUAAAUAUUCGAAGUGGAUUUUAAGUCUAAUUAUUAUAUCUCAAACAGGAUUUCCCCACCUGUGUCAGAGUCAAUUGAAUACCACAUUCUCUGACACUAAGUCAAAAUAUGAAGUGGGUAGUUGCUUUGCCACACGCUCUUUUCUUUGGUUCAAAUCAAACUCCUUACUUAACGGGUGAACAGUAGUGAGCAUGAGUUAUUUAAAGUUGUAUCAUUACAUUGAAGAUACUAGUCUUAAAGUCAUCCUUAAAAUGGGAUGAGAAUUAAAAUAAAAGAUGGCUGAUUUGCUAUUUCAAUAGUAUUAGGAUACAACGAAUGAUGUUACCAAACAACCCUUUUAAUGGUUUUUACUAAAAAUGAAAAAAAAUGAAUGAAAAAGUCAUCAACUCAGUCACUGUUCUUGGUCAUUUUAACUGUGAGGAACCCCAUUUGCAUGAGCAACAAGCACUUUUUUCUUCAAUGGUUGGAAUAUCAUUCAUUUAAUAAUGUUCCACAGUUACUAUUUAUUCAUCUGCCUCGA